AAUACAUGAUUGGGCUGUAAAGGGUCGUCGUUUGGCUCAGAAGAUCUGUGACUCCCUCUGUGAGUGCGCCACGCCUCAAAGGCUCUAAUAGUCAGUCAAGGAACAAAGUUCAGGAAGAGAAUCCGAUCUUCCCUGUGCUUUUGGUAUUUUGGGGGGGGGUUUUUUUUUGGUAGAAAUUUUGGGUUCUUUAUUUUCAUUCAGUUUUGCAUGGAAAGGAACUGGUGUGACUCAAAAUAAUGGUGACCCUCCCGCAGGCCCCAGAGUUCUUGUCGCCACUGCAAUGCCUCUAUCCACCUGUAACUGUGACACUUUCUCCAUGUUUCUAGAUAUAUCCAUAGUCCGUGUCUCCGUUCGUCCAAAAUCGCCUUUUUCUGUCACCACAUCAUGAGCUCUACUCAUUUCCAGUGCAUCCUGCAGCAGCUUCUCCCAUGGCGUCAUUGCUCUUUAAUUCUUCAUGUUUAUGUGCUCCCAGAUGGAACCCAAUUUCCCCACGCUCUUCUCUCUCCAAGCAUCCAUUAUUUGAGCAAAAGACCCUCCCCUCCCCCUCGCUGUCCCUCUGUUUCAAACCCCAUUCGGGAAAAGGGAUUAAGUUCUCUGCUAUAGAUGAACAGGAGAAAGAAAAAUCCUCGUCCACUUCUGUUGUCGUAGUUUCUGAUACGCCUAACGGGGACGAAUCCCCGAAUGUUGACUCGUCCGUCGAUGUCCAGCUGAGUGAAGAAGUUGGUUCAGAAGAGCAGAUCAAACAGCAGGAAGUGGAUUGGAAAACAGACGAAGAGUUCAAGAAGUUCAUGGGCAACCCUUCCAUCGAAGCGGCAAUAAAACUAGAGAAGAAGAGAGCCGAUCGAAAACUCAGGGAGCUCGAUAGGGAACAGAGCAAUAACCCAAUCGUUGGAUUCUUUAACAGAGUAGUCCGUGACAGCUUGUCCAGAGAGAAGGAAAGGUUGGACAGAGCAGAGGAAGCUUUCAAGGCGCUAGACCUCAACAAGCUGAAGAGUUGCUUUGGGUUUGAUACAUUCUUUGCCACGGAUGUUCGAAGGUUUGGGGAUGGAGGGAUCUUUAUUGGAAACUUGAGGAAACCGAUUGAGGAAGUCAUUCCCAAAUUGGAGAGAAAGCUAACUGAAGCGGCUGGCCGAGAAGUCAUUCUAUGGUUCAUGGAGGAAGAAGCAAAUGACAUAAAAAAACAGGUCUGUAUGGUGCAACCGAAAUCUGAAAUUGAUCUUCAAUUUGAGCUUUCCAAAUUGAGCACUCCAUGGGGUUAUGUCAGCGCAAUAGUCUUAAGUGUGGCAACUUUUGGAACGAUAGCUUUAAUAAGUGGCUUCUUUCUUAAACCUGAUGCCACGUUUGAUGACUACAUUGCUAAUGUUGUGCCUCUCUUUGGAGGCUUCCUCUCCAUUUUGGGAGUUUCUGAGGUUGCCACUAGGGUAAUGGCAGCUCGGUAUGGUGUUAAACUUAGCCCAUCUUUUCUUAUUCCAUCAAAUUGGACAGGAUGCUUAGGGGUGAUAAACAACUAUGAGUCGCUGCUGCCUAAUAAGAAAGCUCUUUUCGAUAUUCCUGUCUCACGCACAGCUAGUGCAUACUUGACAUCGCUAGUGCUUGCUGUUUCAGCUUUCGUGGCUGAUGGAAGCUUUAAUGGAGGUGACAAUGCCCUGUAUAUAAGGCCUCAGUUCUUCUAUAAUAACCCGCUACUUUCAUUCAUUCAAUAUGUAAUUGGACCUUAUACAGAUGAUCUUGGGAAUGUAUUGCCUUAUGCGGUGGAAGGGGUGGGGGUCCCAGUUGACCCCCUUGCUUUCGCUGGACUUCUAGGAAUGGUAGUGACAUCUUUGAACCUAUUGCCAUGUGGGAGACUCGAAGGAGGCCGCAUUGCUCAGGCCAUGUUUGGAAGAAACACUGCCACACUACUCUCUUUUGGCACAUCUCUUUUGCUUGGGAUAGGUGGCUUGAGUGGCAGCGUCCUGUGCUUGGCAUGGGGUUUGUUUGCUACCUUCUUCCGAAGUGGGGAAGAAAUACCCGCCAAGGAUGAGAUCACCCCCUUGGGAGAUGAUAGAUAUGCAUGGGGCUUGGUCCUGGCCAUCAUCUGUUUCUUGACUCUUUUCCCCAGUGGCGGAGGUACAUUCUCUAGCUCAUUCUUUGGCACACCGUUUUUCCGGGGAGAUGUGUAGAUAUGCAUGUAGGUAAGUACCAUGUAUGACUAUAUUUUUCAAAUGUAUCAGCAAUUUGAUAUUUAUUUUUGUACCACCUUUUUCCUUUUAGUUUUUGUGAACUUCUUGUUGACAUGAUAUAUCAUGUGAAAUUCCAGUUUAGUGUAAUCCUUUCCCAUGUGCAAAUGUAAAAGCCUAGAAGAUCGGAUGAAAGUAACCUUCAUGUUAAAUUUUAGAUUCGAAUUCAAUAAAUUUCAAUUUAUCCAA